CUCGAGGAUGUCGGCUGUUCCCGAGGAGCCACCCGCAGCCAAACUCGGGCCCGUGGAGAUUCAGGGCACAGUGACGGCCGAAGAUGUAGAUGCCAUCAUGGAGGCCACGGGCUGCAAGGUGCCCGCGCGGGGUCGCCCAAGAACUGACGAUGGCACCCGUUACUUGACUGUGGUUGGCCCGGCCAGCAAGGUGGAGGAGGCGCACAGGAUGGCGCGCAUGUACAUCUAUUUGCACGGCUCCAGCGGCGGGCGCAGGAAGCAGCCUGGGCCAGCGCCCCUCUCGCCCGUCGCCCGUCGGGCCCCUGCGCCGCGCCGCGGAGGUCGGAGCUUAAGCCCUCAUGUUCAACAGCCUGCUGACGGAGAUGCGGACUCACAGCCGCUCCAUGUUGAUCUAGCAGCUGACGGGGAUUCGAGGGCGCGACCGCUAAGAGUUGAACGACCUGAUGAAGGAUAUGUGAGCUCAGAACCCUUCAAAGUUGAUAUUCCUUAUGACCGUUUGGCGACUUCGAGGUUUGCUCCUGGCACCUGGUGCCCCAAUGACAACGCAGGUGCCUCUUCGAGUGGCGCGCCGCCCGGCCAGGGCAACAUGGGCGAGCAGGGCGUGCUGGAUGUCGACACUAUCUACCAUCGCGCGUGCACCAUCAAUCCGCACAAGGACGAGGCCACGCGCGCGGAGUACGUCUUGUCAAAGCGUCAGGUUCCACAUGUGCCACAGCCGCAGGAUGAAAAAAAAACGUCGGAAGAAGGUUGCGAUCACGUCUGGCUCCAGGAGGGUUCUGCGCCGAUUCAGGUACCUGCGAGAAACCUGGACGCACGGGUUGGCUGGUUCUUACGUGGUCGCCCUGUAAGCUCCUCCGCUUCGGCCAGCCGCGGGCCGACGCUCGUGUUUUUUGAAGAUUAUUGAAUAGCAGUUCGGCCUAUAUCCGUGCUGCUCGUGCGCUGCGGGCGCUGCUUACUUGGACUUGCGGCUUGCUGCGGGCGCCGCCAUGCAAGUGCAUGCGAAUGCAAUUCGGAGCGUUGCAAGACAGCUUUGCCGGGGGUGAGGCAUAACACUACAUAG